UCUGAGUUUGGAAAAUUCUGAGUUUGAAAAAUAUCUUUUGAUUUUGGAAAAUAACUUCUGAGUUUGAAAAAUAUCUUCUGAGUUUGGAAAAUAACUUCUGAGUUUGAAAAAUAUCUUCUGAGUUUGGAAAAUAACUUCUGAGUUUGAAAAAUAUCUUUUGAGUUUGGAAAAUAACUUUUGAGUUUGAAAAAUAUCUUCUGAGUUUGGAAAAUAACUUCUGAGUUUGAAAAAUAAAUAAAAUAACUAUUUUCAAAGUCGUUUUUAAACUCCAGCUUAUCUUAGACUGGGGUUUAUCCAAUGUUAUUUGAAUAGGAUAAACCCCAGUCCCUCUUAGUAACAGCUGAGAUAGCAUAUUAGUUCUUUCACUAACCGUAUUACUUUUUUUUUGCAGUUAUAGUAAACUCUUAUUUUAAAUUGUUUAUAGGCCCCAGCACCAGUACCCAAUUCAAGGAACUAUAGUCCAAAAUAGACGAAAUUUUGGAAAGACAGCGUUCCACUGAGGUGAAGGUGCAGGCCAUGCAAGGAAUGCUGGAGGCAUUCAUGGCGAAGUCCGAAGUUUCGGUCAAUUUGUUGGCGUCCAAAAUUGAAAAUGACAAUGCAGAGGAAGUGGAUGAGGAACUGCAACUUGAUGAAAUUUUCCCACUUACCUCUGUCCAACAAAAUGAGGAAAUGGAGGAAAAACUCCAUCAAAAUGGAUUGUUAAAAAAAAAAUUGGUCCGUAAGUUGAGCUCAUAUGGGGGGGUCAACGGAAUGAAAACGAUCCGCACUAUUUGCAAGUGCAUUUUUACAGAUCCACUACUGGCAGAACAUUCUUGGCUGGGGACUAAUGCCAAAAAAAGUUUCAGCCAAUACAAGUUCCUAUAUAAAACUAUAUUGGAAGCGGUCCGAUCAAGGUACCCCACCUAUAGUGAAGCCGAGGGUGCUUCAUUUUUUAAAGGGUUUUUGAAGCAAGCCCCAUUUCGAAUGGGAAAACCGUCCACAAAUACCAGUUCCAACACCAGCUCCUGCCUCUGACGGGCAAUCCACAAC